AUGCUUUCACGUCACCUUCUCCGGGCUUCCGCAAUCUCGAGACAAACUGGAGUUCGGACGAUUUCAUUUGACUUUUCUGAUCAGCAGCGGGACAUUCAGCAAGCAGCGCUCAAAUUCGCUCGUGAAAAACUAGUUCCAGUUGCAGCUAAGCAUGAUGAGACUGGUGAAUUUCCUUGGGCCGUUGUCAAAGAAGCACACAGCCUUGGCUUUAUGAAUCCGCAAAUUCCCGAAAAAUAUGGCGGACCUGGAUUAACCACAAUGGAAACCGCGCUGAUCGUAGAAGCAUUGAGUUACGGGUGUACGGGACUGCAGCUUGCUAUUAUGGGUCCAUCACUUGCUAUUGCGCCGGUACUGAUUGCGGGAAACGAAGAACAAAAGAAAAAGUACCUAGGAAUGCUCGCAGCUGAGCCAUUAAUUGCUUCUUACUGUGUGACAGAGCCUGGAGCUGGAUCGGAUGUGAAUGGGGUCAGGACACGAGCUGAGAAGAAAGGUGAUGAAUGGGUGAUUAAUGGAGAUAAGGCCUGGAUUACUGGAGGUGGAUAUGCACAAUGGUUCUUUGUGCUCGCACGAACUGAUGCAGAUCCAAAAACUCCGGCUGGAAAGGCGUUCACGGCUUUCGUCGUCGAUGGAGAUACGCCGGGUAUCAUUCGAGGAAAGAAAGAACGAAACAUGGGACAGCGAUGUGCCGACACUCGAGCAAUCACUUUUGAGGACGUCCGUGUUCCAGCUCAAAAUGUUCUUAUGAAGCCAGGAGACGGAUUCAAAGUUGCAAUGGGAGCAUUUGAUAUGACACGACCUGGAGUGGCUGCAGGAGCAUUGGGUCUCGCCUGGAGAGCGCUUGAUGAGUCAACAAAGUAUGCCCUCGAAAGGAAAACCUUUGGAACGCAAAUUGCAAAUCAUCAAGCAGUUCAAUUUAUGCUUGCUGACAUGGCUAUCAAUCUUGAGCUGGCUCGACUCGUCACUUAUAAAGCAGCAUCCGAUGUUGAUAACAAAGUUCGUUCUUCAUACUAUGCAUCGAUUGCCAAAUGUUUUGCGGCGGACACUGCUAAUCAAACGGCUUCAAAUGCUGUUCAGAUCUUUGGAGGCGCUGGCUUCAAUUGCGAGUAUCCGGUCGAAAAGCUAAUGCGUGAUGCAAAAAUCUAUCAGAUUUACGAAGGCACUUCUCAGAUUCAGCGAAUGGUGAUCAGUCGGAUGAUGUUUAAUCAUUUCCAAGCCAAUGUUCUUCUGUAUACAUACCUUGAUAGGUAUUUCAUA